CCGUGGCAGGUUCAGACAGCAGAGAGGCGUUCGAAAUACAGCCAGAGAAAACACAAAUAAAAGGCCAAGUAAUACAAAAAUUAUACAAAAUAAAAAGAAUAAUAAAAACGGCAAAUAAAAAGCAACAAAGUGGAGCGCACCCCAUAAGCAAAUCAACGCCAAAACACUCGAACACGUUGCCGCCGCUGCCGUCGCUGUCUCUUUCACCCCCUCUCUCUUUCUCGUCGCGUAACGUAAGCGUAUUACAAAACAAACGCCAACGUAAUCAAAGAAAUAAAUAAAAUAAAAUAAAGGCGCUCGUUCGCGCGUUCCUCAGUGUAGAAAAGUAAAAUAAAUAAAUUAGUCACAAAAUAUUAAAGGGGGUCCAAGUGCAGCACACCCCAAAUUGCCGCGCACCCUUUUCACAAAAAAAAUUAACCCGUGUGUGCGGCGGGGUUACGUAAAGUCGACGGACAAGCGCCGUUUCAAGUUCUUACAAAACGAAAAAAAAUUUAUAUAUAUAUAAAGAAAACAACAACACAUAACACGAGAAAAUAUAUUUCCCAAUUCGUUUUUUCGCACGCGUGUGGCCAUAAAUUUUUGGCCAACAAAAAAAAAAAUUAAUACAAAAAUAUACAACAAAUUUGAAAUAAAUUGAAAGAAGAAGAGGGAGAGUUUCGUGAUUGUGAGUGUGUGUGUGAGUGAUUCUCGAGCAACAGCCCACCCCCACACCCCGCAGAAAAACCACCCCUUUUUGGGGAAAAACAAGGAGGCGCGGUUCAACAGCGACAGUGUUUUUUUCAGAUGCCUAUGCCUUGCUGCUGCUGUUGUCAAAACUUCUUCUUCACUUCAACUAAAACAGCCAAAAGCAGAGCACGCAAAAGAUUAAUUGAUGGCAAAUAAAAUGGAAAUAAGUAAAUGAAAAUUAAAGCUAAAAUAUAAAUAAAAUUCAAAAUACAAAUACAAAUCUAGAAAGCUGUUGUGUGCGCAAAGUGCAAGUGAACGAAAGUGAAGUGUAGUGAUGUGAGAUAUAGAUAUUGUAUCUGCAAGAUAGAUUUACCCCGGGGCAACGCAGACUGUUGCAUACGUGACUGCAGGCAGCUACGAAAAUAAUACAAAUACUAGCCGCGGGGAUCACGAAUUAAUAGUUUACCAGGCGAAAAUGCCUCUAUCGCAGGGCUACUGCUUGAAGCCCUCGCUGGGCGCCAAGAAGCGUGCGAUGAAGGUGCUCCGCCAGGAGCAGCAGGAUCAGCAUGGACACCUCCUCCAGCCCAGCAGCCCAGCAGCGGCAGUGUGUUACCUGCCCAACGACGAGAGCCAGAACUCGCUGCACCUCUCCUAUUUGCUGGGCGAAUCCUUUGCCAAGGUGGGCAGUCUCUCAAAGUCCUUCGAUGUCUACGAACUAAUAGCCAGCAGACUGUUGGACGGCCAUGUCCCGCUGGACAAACUAGAUACGCUGGCCAGCGCACUGACCUCCCACAUCCGGAAAAUGGGCGGCAUUGCCACGCCCGCCACUGUGAAGAGCCCCAGAGUAUCGGAAAGACCGGACAUGAUGCCCUGGUCGAGGUAUCACCAUCAGGGCAAACAAAAUCAGACCGAUCAGGCGGAGUUCCUGAGAGGAGUGGCUGAAUCCAGUCCAUCGCCCCUGGAUCUCCACUCGCCAACGCGAGAACUGAGAGUGCCAAGUCCGCUGCAGGACUGGGAAGAGUACGAUCCGCUGUUGUGCCCCCUUUGCGGCGACAUACUGCGCUGUCCGGUGACCACCAACUGUGGCCACACCUUCUGCCGGCAAUGCUGUGAGACGAUCACGCAGUGCAACAUCUGCCAGGUGCGAUUUCCCCGCAUCCACGACUCCUACUCCUCGCCAGGUACGCCAGGUACACCGGGCUGUGCCCUGACCUCAACCACUGCAAGUGGAGCGGGAUCCAGCUUUUUUACGGCACCCUCCAAUCACAACGCGAACCUCAGCCUGAUGAGCGUCAACGUGGGCUAUGGGGUCCAACUGGCGUCCAGUGUCCAUCGCUUGGCCGCACCACCCAUGACAGUGACCACCACCACGGUGGCAUCUACAACGGCCACGGCCACCACCACCAUGGCAUCCACCUCGGCGGCAGCUGCCUUGGGAUUGAGUGGCUAUCCCUCUGUUCACGGCGGAGGCAGUGGCUCCUCGGCCAUGAAGUUCAUGCCGGACGUUCUGGUCCGUCGGUUGGUGGAAAAGUGGUGGGGUCCGGAUCUUCAGGCCAAGAAGAUCAGCGAGAAGGCCAGCAGCUGCAUGCACCUCAACCUUCUCGACGACGCCCUCAAGUUCUGCAAUGCCAGCCUGGAGAAAGCUCCAGCGAAUUUCAAGAGUCUCUGCCUGCGUGCUGAAGUUCUCCUUAAAUUGAGCCAUUUUCAAAGUUCUCUAGCGGAUAUCGAGAAUGCCCUAAGAACGCGCUGUACGUCACCAAAAGCCCACUAUUUGAGAGCUUUGGCCUUAAGCGGUCUGGGUCGACUAGAGGAGGCUUUGUACAACGGCUUUUUGGCCAUCUGCCUUGAUAAGAAUACAAAUCUCAGCAACUCGGAAAUAUUUCAGCAUGAUCUCGCCAAGAUUCUCCAACGUCUCCUGGCCCAAAUGCCCAAAAAUCGAUUUUCGAUCAGUACCGCAACACCACCUGUUUUCCAGCCGCAGCACCGCAGCUUUGCCACCUCGCGAGCACCCUAUCCCCUGCUUUGGGAGCAGGUGAGGAGGCGCAGGAAACAGCAGCACCACCACCCCCACCAUCACCACCAUCACCAUGUUCACCUGGACGACGUGGAAGAUGAGUUUGGGCACUACGACAACUACAUAAUGGCCGGGGAUGAUAUGGAGGAGGAGGUGGACGUGGAGGUGGACGGCGGGGAGCCGGGAUCCCUGCAUCUGGACGGAGAUUUCCUGUUUCCCAGUGCCCUGGACUUUAUGGAUCACCAUCGCCAUCAGCGGCACGUCUUCGAGCAGAAGCAGUUCGAUCUGCAGCCACGUCGCCAUGCGAACCGGAAGCACUGCAAGCGGAAAUGGUCAGCGGUCAUGGAGCCACUGGGUGGCAAGGUCGUCGGGGAGGAGGACGUGGACGUGGAGGACGGGUCAGCUGGCGAAAGUCAGCGGUGCAGUCGACUAUUCGCCGGUGUUUUGGAGCGAACGCAGCAGGAACUGCAGCGACUGAGAAAACUGGACGGAUCGGCUCCAGCACUGGCGGUCAGCUCGGUGGCCGGGCAGCUGAUCGACGCCAGCGACUUUGACUGCGUGGUGUGUAGCCGGACACUGUGGAAACCGGUGGUGACCCCGUGCGGACACACGUACUGCCUGGUAUGCUUGGAUCGUUGCAUGGAUUACAACUCCCCGUGUCCAUUGUGCAUGUCACCACUUGUGGAGUUCAAUGUCAAUGCCAGUGCCAGUGCAAGUGCAAGUGCCAGUCAGAAUCCGAAUCCGAAUCCGAAUCAAAAUCAGAACCACCUGCAUCCGGGCUCAUCCUCGCCAGUUCCUUUCGCGCUGGCCAAGCGGCCAGUGACGAAGUUCCUAGAAGCCGCAAUGAAACGAUUCAUUCCAGACCACUACGAGGCGCGUUUUCGCCAGGAGAUCGACCAGGAGCCCUCCGUGCCCGUGUUCAUCUGCACAGCAGCCUUUCCAGCGGUGCCGUGUCCCCUGUUUGUAUGCGAGCCCCGCUACCGUCUGAUGGUCCGGCGAGCCGUUAAAUCGGGCGACAAAACAUUCGGCAUAGUGCAGCCGAAUGGCGGGAAAUCGCGGUACUACGAUGUGGGCACCAUCCUGGACAUCCGCGACUGCGUUCAGCUGGGCGACGGCUGCUCGAUCCUCAGCACGAUUGGCUGCAAGCGCUUCAAGAUCCUGGCGCGCAACGAAAAGGAUGGCUAUGAGACGGCCAAGGUGGAGUACAUCUGCGACGAGCCCAUCGCCGAGGAGCAGGUGAAGAUUCUGGCUGGAAUGCAGGGUGUGGUUCUGGCCAAGGCCAGCGGCUGGUUCGAGAGCCUGAGUACGGAGCAGAAGCACGAGAUCCUGCAGAGCUACGGCCAGAUGCCGCCACUGGAGCCGAACUGGGAGCUGAUCAGCGACGGACCGGCGUGGGCUUGGUGGGUCAUAGCUCUACUGCCGCUUUCGCAGCAGCUUAAGGUGGACAUAUUGGCCACAACCUCGCUGGAAAAGCGGCUGCGUGCCAUUGGCAAGACGCUGGACUGGUUGCACGACCUUAGCCACCCACAACAGCCGGCGCACCACCACCAGCAGGCAGUACAGUCGCCGCAGCAGGCACAUCAUCUCGAUCUCGACUGCGAGGAGCAGGAAGCGGCCUCAUCCGGCUCCGAUGAAUGUUGCCUAUUUGCGGAAACCGGAAACGAGCCGCACACGGAUGAGGAGCUGCUCCUCUAGAACGCCUCGAUGAAUAUCCUAAAAAUUAAAACAUAAACAUAAAGAGAGAAAUUAAAAGUCAGAUAUCUGCGAGAAACACUUUUUUGUAAAUUCUGUGUCUAAGCCAUUUCGUUUGUAAUCGAACGUUACAUGUUAAUCCUAGGGGCCAAAACCGAAAGCGAAGCAACUUUAGCAGAACCAAAAUUAUCACUAGAUCAGCAACAUAAUCUUUAGCUCUAACCGAUUACUUUGUGUGUGUGUAAUGUAUAUUGUAAAUGUGUGUAACAAAAAAACUAGUGAGCAACCCAGAUAAGUUUGUUUAGGAGCAACAAAAGAAAAAAUACCAAAAACCCAGUGAAACAAUCAAGAACUUGCUUUUGGCUCAAGCCCACACCCAAAAUCCCAUAACUGUGAACUUCAUUUCCCUAGAUCGACUACAACCACAUUCCACAAAUCUUGAAAAUACGUUUGCCAUAGCAGAAGAAGAAAUGGAACGAAAAUAUGCUAAAAUAAAAUAAAAACUCUAACAAACAAAACUCAUGGUUUCUACAAACAAAACACACAAAUUUUUGAACAUAAAACAAUUUUAAAAUUACUAAUAAAAUACCAAGACAAAGGCCAACAAACAUACACCUAGAAGAAAAUACAAACCAAUCGGAUAGAAAAGAGCCAAGUAAAACAAACUCUUACAAAAAGAUUAACUUCUCUUCAUUUACUUUGUAUAAAGCGGCUGGAACUCUAAGACAAUCUGCAAAAUAUUUUUUUGAUAUACCUAAACUAAAAACAAUAUAUACAAGAAGAAAUUAAACAAAAACUGAACUAGAAACUAGUUAUGAAAGAAGUGAGUGGGAGAAAAAAUUACCUUUUUGUUGAUUAAUACCCUUUUACUAUGAACACUCUUUAACUCCAACCCCUCUCUAUAACACCCCUAUUCUCUCUUGAUUAUGCUUAGGCUAACUAAAUGAUAUGCUCACCUAUAUAUACCUAUAUAAACAAUUCUAUAUGCUAAUUGCUUAUUUCUGUAAUCGUAUCUGUAUCUUCAGCCCGCAUUCCUAUUGAAGAAAUAACUUUGAUAUAUCUUUGAAAACAUUAGCUAGAUCUUCUUUGUCUUUGAUUUCUUCUACUUCUAAGCCUCAUGCUCAUUUGAUUUUUUCAUUCUUAAUCUUCCAAACUCUCCCUAUAAAGCAAAUCAAUUUUAAAAACAACAAUUUGCUUUAUUAGUCGGCGUAUCUUUAUAUUUGUAAAUAUAUUUUAUCGGAUAAUCCUAAAUUAUAUGUAUACGUUCUACGCUAGCUUUAGAUCACGAAUUUAAUUUUCAGCUCAACACAAAACAAACAAGUAAAUCAACAAUUUUUGUCAACUAAAUAUUUAUGUAAUUUUAUACAAAGUAUACACAUACGUCUAAAUUAAAUCAUUUUGUAAUUAAGUUUAGCCACUAAACAAAAACCACAUCCAAAUUUGACAUGAUAUUUUUGUGUCUUCUUUAUAAAGAGAACUUGUUAUGUAAAUCAAUACGAAAAUAUAAUUCAAUUUUUUAAAAUUCUUAAGAUAAAAUCAGCAAAUAUUUUCUCUGUGUUUUUUGUGCUAAUAAGGUUUUUUACUGGUACUUCUUUAUUUAAUAAUGAUGUAAAAAAAAUGAAAUCAAUUGAAAUAUAAAAUAAAUGUAAAACAUAA